AUGCCAAAGCAAGCAAUCAUCCAUCCCUCCAUCGAGAGGGUUGAUAUAAUCGAGACCCCUAUUCCCGAACCCGGAGCCAAAGAGGUGGUUAUCAAGACCGUUGUUGCCGGGGCAAAUCCAAAAGAUUGGAAGUUUUCCUUGUGGGAGGAAUGGGCCCAGAGCGACGCCCUUGAUCCGGAAAUAAAAUCCCAGGUACCGCCCAGCCCAGGCGCUCAUAAUAGUGGCGACGACGUUGCAGGCAUCAUCUAUUCGGUGGGCGCGGACGUUUCCGAGUUCAAGACAGGUGAUCGCGUGGCCGCUAUGCACGUGACGAUCACAGAGAACGGAGGCUACGCAGAAUAUACUGUUGCGCCAGCCUAUCUGACGUUCCACAUCCCGCAGCAUGUGUCUUUUGAAGAGGCUGCCACCAUGCCAACCGCAGCUCUAACUGCAGCACUUGCCCUCUAUAGCGACCUGAGAGUUCCCACACCGUAUGAUUCUCAGCAUAUUAGGGACAAGUGUAAAAACGUCCCUUUCUUGGUUUACGGCGCCACGACGUCUAUCGGUGCAUUUGGUGCCAAGUUAGCCCGUCUUUCGGGGUUUUACCCUAUCAUUGGCGUUGCCGGACGAGCGGGCGAGUUCGCGAAUACCUUGGUUGACUACGUCAUAGACUAUCGUAUCGGUGAAGAUGCUGUUGUGCAGGCAGUCGAGGGGAUACUAAAGAAGGAGCAACUAGGCGGCAAAGUUCCUUACAUUUUGGAUGCUAUCAGUGAGCACGGCUCACUCGAAACAACCCUCCGUUUGGUCGAUCCAAAUGGCACCAUUAGCGUCAUGCUACCCCCAAAGCUCUUUGCCAGAGACCCGAAGAACUUUGAGUACCCAGCUGGAGUUACUGCUAUCAACGCUGCCACGCCCCAGGUCUUAUCGACACACAAGGACUUUGCAUACCUCUGGUCGCGUUAUUUCGCUAAGCUUCUAGAAGAUGGAAGAUUGAAGGCGCAUCCUUACGAGGUUGUGCCUGGGGGGCUUGAUGGUGUCUUGACGGGACUGCGAAACUUGCGCGAUGGGAAAAACAGCGGCUUCAAAUAUGUAUUCAGGAUCAAGGAAACAGAUCUCACAAAGGGGCCUAGAACUCAUACAGCAAAGUCCUCAACCUAG